AUGGAGCCAUGGACCAUCAAGCCCUAUACGCCGGCCUCUUCUCAAAAGCCGAUGAACUUGGAUCCAUCAGUGAAUACACAGCUUCACUACACCCGCGAGCAGCUCCUCUCGUUACGUAAUACAACAAUGAAGCCUUUAGAACCCGUACGUAAAAUCAGUAAAGAGUUGGGAAUCACCAGACAAAAACGGGGUAAGCGUGCGGGGCGUCGUGUUCAUCGCCCGAUCAAAUCAUGGAUCUCAUACAGGAAAAAUCAAAUAAGGAACAUUCCCUUGAGAUCAAAUGCUAAUUUGAGGUUUGUGCAACGAGUAGUUGAUACAAGAUGUGAAAAGAACUACCCAUCAAUCAUGUUGACUAAUGUACGAUCUAUGAACAGAAAGUUUGAUGAAUUGUGUGCAACUAUCAGUCAUUACAAUGCUGAUAUAAUCGGUGUAACCGAAACUUGGUUCAGUGAUUCGAAUCCAGCUUCAGCCAAUGCUAUCCAAGAUUUCAAUCUGUUUCAUAGGGACAGAACUGCACAACGGGGUGGGGGCAUAGCUCUCUAUGCAAGAGAUGAUCUAGAACCUGAAACCUAUGAACUUGACCUUGUCCCGCCUCAUCUUGAAAUAAUUUGGAUUAAAGUUAAUCUGCAUGCUUACGGCAGAGGAAAUGUCGUUCUCUUUGUCUGUGUGGUGUACUCACCACCUCGUACACAACAUCAUGAUGAUUAUUAUCAACCAUCUGAUCAUUAUGGGGAUCAUAUUAGAACCACUCAUCCUGAUUCAUCAAUUAUGAUCAUGGGAGACUUUAACGAUCUACAAGUUGAAGAGUUUGUCACACACUUGAGUUUAUCACAGAUGGUCAAGCAACCCACAAGGAAUGAUCGCAUUUUAGAUAUGAUAUUUACAGAUCAUCCAGAGCAUUAUAGUGAACCUGUUAUCAAGGCUCCUAUAGCAACUUCAGAUCAUGCUACUGUAUUGAUGAUUGGGUCGUCUCAACUCUCUUCAUCUAAUGUCAUCAAGAGUUUUGGACGCCCUCUUCGUGAUUCCAACAUUCGAUCUUUUGGGAGAUGGAUAAUCAACUACAAUUUUGAUUGGUUACAGUCGAUCGAUACUGCCGAUGAAAUGGUAGAUGCCUUUCAAGACGUGCUCACCCAGGCAGAGGCUUACUACGAGCACUUCCCAAUAGUCAUCUCUCGUCGAAAGUCAUCUGACAAACCAUGGAUUACACACCGCAUCAAGGAUCUUAUCAGUAAGCGACAACGGGCCUAUGAUUCUGGUAAUGGUGAGAUGUUUCGUAAGGUACGGAAUCUUGUUCAAAGAGAUAGAUCAAAGUGCAAGGAAUUGUUCUAUGUUCGGAGGGUUCAAGAUCUAAGGAAGAGUGAACCUUCCCAAUGGCAUCGUCAAAUCCGAAGCAUGGCUGGGGUCAGCAAAGCCUCACUUAAAUUACCAACCUGCUUUGGCCACAAUGACUCACAGAAAGCUGCUAGGGUCAAUGAGCACUUCGCUGGGGUUUGUAGCCAGCUUCCAUCAUUAAAUCUUGGUUCCUUACCAUCCUACCUACCUUCUUCUUCAAGACCACCUACGAUCUAUGCACAUGAAGUAUUCAAUAUCUUGCGCAAUUUGGAUGCUUCCAAGGCAAUCAUGACGGGGGAUAUCCCUAUUAAACUUAUCAAGGAAUUCGCGUUGGAGUUAGCGGAGCCACUUUCGAAUAUAUUCAAUGUUAUUCUUCGAACUGGUAGCUACCCUUCCUGUUGGAAAAGAGCAGUGAUUACCCCCAUUCCAAAGAAACAACAAGUUUCGCAACUGUCAGACCUGCGGCCUAUCUCCAUUACUGCAGUAUUUUCAAGAGUGUUGGAGACUUUCAUCUCAAAAUGGAUCAGUCGUGACCUCUCUCCUGUGAUUGACAAGAAGCAAUUUGGAAAUGUUACUGGCAGUUCCACCACACAUUACUUGAUUAGUCUUCUGGACUCUAUCGGGAAGAGCUUCGACAAGCCGGGUCACUGUGCAUCCUUGUGCGCCAUUGAUUUCUCCAAGGCGUUUGAUCAUGUCAAUCACAACAUCGUGGUGAGAAAACUGAUUGACUAUGGUGUAAAACCUGCACUUGUGCCAGUUAUUUGUGGUUUCCUUGAUGGACGUAAACAAGCUGUCAAAGUUGGUUCUUCCAUAUCAUGUGACCUGGGAGUUACAUGCGGUGUUCCUCAGGGUACAAAAUUGGGGCCAGUGCUAUUUCUUACCAUGAUCAACGACGCCAUGUCAGAUUGCUACAACAGGUGGAAAUAUGUUGAUAGUCUCGUUUGGCCGAAAUUCGUCGUGUAA